AUGUCGUCGGUCCCAGCUACAUCGGCAACCCAGGCCAAAGACCGCCUUUAUGCCCAGCUUGCGAGCAGUCUCGGGAGACUUAACAGAUCUAUCAGCACCACUGCAGAUCUAUGCGAGCAACUGCAGAUAGAUCUGCAAGCAAUGAGAACCUUUGCUGGGCUCGAUGCCGCCAAAUUUAUAGCAAUCGCAUCUCAACUGAAUCAGGACGUUGAAGGCGAUACCAGUGUGAUAUCUGGCGGCGAUGAUUCACAGUGA